AUGUCUUCGUCUGAAGAUUUAAGCACAGAUAAUUUAGAUUCGGAUUCUUUAAGACCAGUAUACAAUUUAAUUGAACUGGGAUUAGAAGAAUAUGAAGACAAUGAAUUAGUUCUUGAUACAGUUCAUGAUCUAAUGCAAUUUUUUAAACAAUCGAACUGUACAUGCCGUCAUUCGUCUAGAAAAAAAGAUUUAAGAACAUGUUAUGAAAAAGUUGGAUUUAAAAAUUUUUUUGAAAGACAUUUUCAAAUAAGAGCAUUAGAAAAACCAGAGCUCGAGCUAUUUUUAAAAGCACAAUUAAUGGCCUUCGAAAUUACUAAUAAAAAUGAAGAGUCUCAAAGACAAAAUUAUAGAUAUAACUAUAAUGUAUCUUUAUUACUUUGUAAGCCAGUAUUUUUAAAACUUUGUGGAAUAAGUGAUCAUUUUCUUUUAGCAAUUCAAAAACAUUUACAAGAAAAAGGAUUAACUAAAAGAACUCACGGAAAUACUGGACGUGUACCUAAGUUAAAAAGUAAAGUAUUUCUUGAUUCUAGUAUUACAUUUCCGGUUAAACGUUUUUUAGAACAGUAUGGAAAUAUUAAUGGACUUCCUUCUCCUAUGCGACAUAAAAAUGAGUCAGAACCGUUUAUUUAUUUACCUACUGGAAAUACAUAUACUUCAGUUUAUAAUGAAUUUAAAAAACAUUUUAAUAAUGAAAAUAGUGAAAAUACAAAAAUUAUUUCUUAUUUUACAUUUAGAAAACUUUGGUACGAAAUGAUUCCUCAUCUUAAAUUUCAACCACCUGCAAGUGAUCUUUGCGAAAUAUCAAAAACCCGAGACAGCAAUAGAAAACCUGAAGCAGAGAUCAAAGAACUCGAACUUGAGGUUGAGUUCAUAAAACCUGAGAUAGUAACAGAAACUCCAAAACAGAAAUCAAAAAAAGCCCGAGGAAGUGACAAAAAACCUGAAACAGAAAAAUUUGAAACAGAGAUCAAGGAACUCAAGCCAGUGACAAAAAAUCCAAAGCAAAGAUCAAAUAAACCUAAAACAAUGAAAGAAUUCAGAGCAAAGAUCAAAAAACCUAAGGCAAAGAUCGAGGAACCUGAGGUAAAGAUCAAAGAACCUGAACAAAGAUCAAAAAACCUGGGCAAAGAUCAAAAACCCAGGGUAGCGAUAGAACCUGAAGUUGAGAUCAAGGAACUCCCUGAAGACCUAAAAGAUCAAAGAACUUGA